GAUGUGCAUGAAUAUUUGCCGCUAACUUACAUUCCUCAGAAAUAUAAGGAAACGACGACUGCUGCUUACGAAAUUAGUACAGAAAAGAUAAUCGGAACGAAUGGCAGUGCAUCUAACGAACCGGGUGUACUUAAAAGAACGA